AUGGAAGACUGGGGGCUUACCGAGCUGGAGAGAAAAAAAAAGGACGAGCUGCUGGAGUUGGCAAAGAAAAAUCACGGGCUGUUCCUUCGCAGCGCCCUCCAGGUGGAGAUGCCGUACAAAAUAUUCCGGUGCCCUGGGUUUAGGUUCAGUGACGUGCACUCAUAUAACUACGAAAAGAUACAGACUGCGUAUGGGCUAGAAGGCUCCCUGAACGCGUCUCUGAUUGAGGACUUGAAUGGCCCUGACUUUAUAGCCAUGGAGUACCCAACCAGGCACACAAACCACACGGCAGACGAGCUUAUACACAAGUCCAAGUGCGAGAUCGUGAUCUCACUGAUAGGAGACCACCCAGUGUACGAAAUGGACUUUUUGAAGAUUUCCCACAAGCUGAAAACAGUGUUUAGCCCUGCCGAGUUCCUCGCCUUUGUGGGGCACGUGCAGGGAAAAGCAGUCGAGUUCUUGGACAGUGGGCUCCUCAAAGAAAACGCCCACAACCUCAUGGUAGAGAUGCACGUGCCGGAGAAAGAAGAGAGCAAGAAAGUGUUCAGAAUCAAGUGCAUGGACUGGAGGGAUAAGAUGCCCACGAGUGAGAAUUCGAUCAAGGUCUUGGAUGCUGUGUACAGAGCGUGCCUGCUCGUGCGGGAGCACAGUGGGCCUGUUAUAGUGCACUGUCUGGCAGGCGUGGGAAGAACAGGCACCUUUAUAUUCUACAAUAUGUUUACGCGCAUGCUGAAAAGUGGAAGAAUACUGGAAGAAGAGCGGCUUUCCUGCUUCCUGCAGCUAUUUAUGUACUUGCGGAGCAGGCGGACCUAUAUGGUCGAAAGCAGCACCCAGCUGGGAUUCCUGUGCAAGUUGUUCCUGCAGCGAGCUAAACCCCCGCACUCUUCCAACGAGGAAAAUAAAAGCAGUGCAUCAUAG